AGAAAAAGGGCAAGGUAAGAGAGGGCUGGAGGAGGGAGGGUGGCCGAGAGCAGACUCCGGGGUAGGCUGCGUCCCUGGCUGUUUGUGAUUAACACCGCCCUGGUGCAGAAUGGAGUAAACAGAAACUUCCAGGCGUCCCCUCCGCCCCCCCUCUGAGGCAAAGCAGAAAUCAGAUGCUCCGUGAUUAAUCGUGGAGGAUUCAGGACACGACCACAGACGCUGUGUGGACUUGAAAUUAGCUGCCUUUUCCCAGUCCCCUUGCCAAGAUGGGAGUGGGGAGUGGGAUGUGAAGGGGUGGGGGCCCCGCCUGCUGGGGGCCAGCGCGGAGUUCUCCCUGGCAGGGCUCAGAGUGACACACUGACAGGCAAUCGGCUGUGUUCAGAGCACAGGCAGCAUCCGGGGGCAGCAAAACGGGCUGAGUGCUUCCUGGAACCCCAGCUCCUCGGAGGGCCAGCCGGACCCUGACUCUGGCAGAUAAGAGCCGGGCUGUUUUAUCAGAGGCAGACAGAGCGCUGUCCCCUGCCCCAGAAGGAAGACGAGGCACAGUGGGAUCCUCGGAGGCAAGUCUCAGCUCCUGGCAUCCAGUUCAUGGACGCUUUUGAGCCCUAGCGGGACCCCUGCAGUCCUGCGGAUGGGAGCUGCACGCUUGCAGUGGUAGACGACAAGACAGCUGCAGAACUGUGAGCCCGGACCUCAUGUCCAGACCAGCUCCAUGGUGACGGCCAUGUCGGUGAGGGUGCGGUUCCUGUCCCCUGGGGACACGGGGGCCGUGGGGGCUGUGGGCCGCAGCGCCUCCUUUGCAGGCUUCAGCAGCGCCCAGAGCCGGCGGAUCGCGAAGUCCAUCAGCAGGAGCUCAGCGAGGUCGCGGGUGCCGGCCAAGUCCCCUAAGAUGUACGGCACGCUGAGGAAGGGUGCGAUCUGCCCCGACCCCAAGCCCCAGCAGGUGAAGAAGAUCUUUGAAGCGCUGAAGAGAGGCCUCAAGGAGCACCUGUGCAUGCAACAGGCGGAGCUGGACUACCUGGCUGGAUGCCACAAGGACACCCAGAGGAGCUCCAGACUGGCGUUCUAUUAUGACCUGGACAAACAAACACGCUCUGUGGAGAGGCACAUUCGGAAGAUGGAGUUUCACAUCAGCAAGGUGGAUGAGCUAUACGAGGGCUACUGCGUCCAGUGCCGCCUGCGGGACGGGGCCUCCAACAUGCAGCGGGCCUUCUCCAGGGGCCCGCCCAGCCGCGCCUCCCGGGAGAGCCUGCAGGAGCUGGGCCGCAGCCUGCACGAGUGCACGGAGGACAUGUGGCUCAUCGAGGGGGCGCUGGAGGUUCACCUGGGCGAGUUCCACGUCAGGAUGAGAGGCCUGGUGGGCUACGCGCGCCUCUGUCCCGGAGACCAGUAUGAGGUGCUCAUGCGCCUGGGCCGCCAGCGCUGGAGGCUGAAGGGCAGGAUCGAGUCUGAUGACAGCCAGACCUGGGAUGAGGAGGAGAAGGCCUUCAUUCCCACCCUGCACGAGAACCUGGACAUCAAGGUGACAGAGCUGCGGGGCCUGAGCUCACUGGCCGUGGGCGCCGUAACGUGCGACAUCGCGGACUUCUUCACGACGCGGCCGCAGGUGGUCGUGGUGGACAUCACAGAGCUGGGCACCAUCAAGCUGCAGUUGGAGGUGCUGUGGAACCCGUUUGAUUCCGAGAGCCUCCUGAUGUCGCCAGGCCCCAUGGGCAGGCUUUCUCUGGGCAGCAGGAAGGGCUCCUUGCACAACUGGACGCCCCCAAGCACCCCCAGCUUCCGGGAGAGGUACUACCUGUCUGUCCUGCAGCCCCCAGCACAGCAGUCCUUGGUGCUGGCCUGCCCCAGGGCCCCCUCCAUCCUCAGCUACCUGUCCGACAGCGACCUGCGGGGCCCCGGGCUGUGGAGCCGGAGUCAGGAGCUGCCCGAGAUGGACUCUUUCAGCUCUGAGGACCCGCGAGACACUGAGACCAGCACGUCGGCAUCCACCUCGGAUGUGGGGGUCCUGCCCUCGGCCAUUGGUCCCAGCUCCUCCAUUGAAGAGGAGGCCCAGGAGGGUCCCCCUGCCCAGGGCCUCUUGCCAGAGAUGGCCCAGCUGGCAGGAGGCUCAUCUGUGGAGCGACCUGGCUGGAGGGACUUGGGCAUGGACAACCCUGAUCUGCCACGGGACUCGCCAUUCUGCAACCACACUCUCACGAGUAGCCAGGACAGCCAGGAGGAAGGGGACACCAGGGACGGCGAGCAUGAGCCCAGCGUGGCCCUGCAGGGGGCGCUGCAGGAGGUCCUGCAGUUACUCAGGGCCCCGGGCCCUGCCCAGCCCCAGCUCCGCGAGCUGGAGUCGCAGGUCCUCGGCUUCAGGGACCGGCUGAAGCCCCCCGGACCGCGGCGAGAACAUGCCUCCACCGAGAGCCUGAUGGCGUGCAUCCUGGAGAGCUUUGCCUUCCUCAAUGCCGAUUUUGCCCCGGAUCCACUGGCCCUGUUUGGGGGCUCCCACGGUCCCCGACAAGACAGGAUGCUGUCCCCACAGCCGCCACUGAAAGCGUCAUCCGGGGAGCUCACGGCCGGUGCCCCGGAGCUCGACGUGCUGCUCACAGUCCACCUCCAUGUCUGCAAAGCUCUGUUGCAGAAGCUGGCCUCCCCUAAUUUGUCAAGGAUGGUCCAGGAAUACCUUCUGGAAGAGGUGGCACAGCAAAAGCAGGUUCUGGAGACGCUGUCUGUCCUUGAUUUUGAGAAGGUCAGCAAGGCGUCAUCCGUCGAGGAGAUCAUUCCACAGGCCUCGCGGAGAAAGGGGUGCCUGAAGCUGUGGAGAGGGUGCAUGGGGCCUGGCGGGGUCCUGUCCUGCCCUGCCAUGACACUGCUGAACCAGCUCAAGAAAGCGUUCCUGCACCGCGUCAGAGGGAAAUACCCGGGCCAGCUGGAGAUAGUGUGCCGCAGGCUGCUGGAGCAGGUGCUCAGCUGCGGAGGGCUGCUGCCUGGGCCCAGGCUCCUCGAGGAGCAGACCGUCACCUGGUUCCAGUUUCACCACUACCUGCAGAGGCAGGGCGUCUCUGACCUGGAGAAACACCUGGCCCACCUCACCAAGGAAGUCACGCUGAUCGAGGCGCUGCACUGUCCUGGGCGUGCCAAGGCCAGCAGGAAGCUGCAGGGGAAGCAGCUGGGCCAGCUCCAGCCCCUGCCUCAGACCUUGCAAGCCUGGGCGCUGCUGCAGCUGGACGGGACUCCGCGGGCAUGCAGGGCAGCCAGUGCACGCCUGGCCGCCGCGGCCAAGAACAGGAGCUUCCGGGAGAAGGCCCUGCUCUUCUAUACCGAUGCGCUGACGGACCGUGACGCCAGGCUCCAGCAGGCAGCGUGCCUGGCACUCAGGCAGCUCCGGGGCGUUGAGAGCAUCGAUCAGAUUGCCAGCCUGUGCCAGUCAGACCUGGAGGCUGUGCGAGCUGCAGCCCGGGAGACCACGCUGUCGUUCGGUAACGUAGCGCGUCAAAGGUCGUGUGCGGUGCGGCGGGUUCCCAGGCCCUUAGAAGGAGCGGUCGCGCCAGCCCUCGAACAGGCGGAGUGGCACAGGGUGGGCACCGGGCGCAAGCCUGGAGCAGAGCAGCCCCCACUGAGCUGCUUCCCAGCUACGGCAUGUUCCUUCCUGGCUGGGUGGCCACAAGUGUCAGAGUCCUUAACUCCGCUUUCUAGUCUCUGUGGACGAAAGCCAGCGGGGGCGCGGCAGGGGGCCGGCUCCACAGACUGGGUCGCAGAGGUAGGGCAAGGUCCUCAGUCCAUGCAGGCCACCAGGUGGGCGCUCAACUCCUCCAGCCCUGCCCAUGUGACAGUGAAGCCAACCUAUCAGCCAGUACGAGGACAGCCAGGGCUGGACGGAGUAGGACACAGAGCGGGAGACCAUCCAGUGGCAAUCCCUUACUAUUUCAGGUGAAAAAGGACGCUUAGCUUUUGAGAAGAUGAACAAACUUUGCUCAGAACAAAACGAAGUGUUCGGCCAAGAGGCAGAUGUUGAAAUCACAGUAUUUUAAAAAGUCUCUAGAGGACCCCAAACUUGGCUUUCUUUUCCUCCUUCUUUUUCUUGGCUGCUGCCCCAGCGCCUGAGCUCUGGGCAGGGCACGCCACACGUUCCCCGGGACUGAGCUUGCCUGGGCUGCCACCGGGGGCUCCAGGGCAGUUACAAAGCCCCAGGGCACACGUGGGGCUUUUGUGCAGCAGCAGGAAAGGUGACGCACGGAAGGCUGCACAGCUCCAGGAGGCGAUCUGUGGCUUGAACGUCGAGUGCCCUCCCCAGGAUGCAGAGCGGGCCAGUGCCAUCCAGCCACACUGCGGAGUGGCCGAGGCCAAGCCGGCCAAGGCCUGGAAUAAAAGGCCUUGGGGUGAAGGGUGGAACAGAAGCCCCUGCACACCGGCUGGCUCAGCACUUCUGCUCCAUGCCGGCUGGCUGGGGAAGACCGCAGUGGCUCCAGUCGCUUUGACAGCAGCCAGCUGUCACCUUGGCGAGCUGGGGAAGGGCCCUGAGCCAAGGUCUCUAAAACCCACUGUCAACCCAGCUGCAGCCCGCAUGCCAGCCAAGAGGGCAGAGCUGGCCGGCCUGGACCUCGUUUUCCCCCUGCUCACAGCACCAAGGACGGACCUGGGGCAGCCAGGAGCCUUGGGCGUUGCAGGCCUUGGCAGUACACAUCAAAAUGGAAUCCGGGUUUUGAAACCAGUCCACUUAGGGCCUAUUAAACUGCGCCAGGGGCCAUAAACUGGUUUGAAGAGCGAUCUCACUGAAGAGCAUGUUGCUUUAAAGAAACUUAGUUUCCUAUUUAAGUCUAUUAAAAACCACGUCCUGAGACGUCUCUGUGCUGAUCACGGAGGAAACUUGGGACGUGAAAGCCGUUCUCGGCAGUGGCAUUGGCGAACUCUGUAACUUAAACAUUCUCAUUCCAACUUCUUGUAUAUAUUUUGUGCUUUUUGGGUUAAUUUAGUAUUUAUUUCCCUUGUUCCUAUGUUCAGUUUUCUGAAAUUUCAAUUAAAAAAAAAAAAGACUUUUAA